AUGAAAACGGAGGUGGCGGGUGAGAACACUGUGACUAGGUGUGUAAUUAGGCGAAAAAAGGUGAGCAGAACUGAGUUAGGUGGCCAACACCUUCUCAUUUUCCUCCCUUUCUUCUCAGUCUGUUUAAUAAACCCUUCUCUAUGUAUUGCACUGCUCUCUCUCUCGUCUUUCUUUUCUCACCUCUCUUUCCCUUAUCUAUCUAUCUAUCUAUCUAUCUAUCUAUCUAUCUAUCUAUCUCAGUUUUCCUUAUCUAUCUAUCUAUCUAUCUAUCUAUCUAUCUAUCUCAGUUUCCCUUAUCUAUCUAUCUAUCUAUCUAUCUAUCUAUCUAUCUAUCUCAGUUUCCCUUAUCUAUCUAUCUAUCUAUCUCAGUUUCCCUUAUCUAUCUAUCUAAGUUUCCCUUAUCUAUCUAUCUAUCUAUCUAUCUAUCUAUCUAUCUAUCUAUCUAUCUAUCUAUUUCAGUUUCCCUUAUCUAUCUAUCUAUCUAUCUAUCUAUCUAUCUAUUUCAGUUUCCCUUAUCUAUCUAUCUAUCUAUCUAUCUAUCUAUUUCAUCCCCCUUGUAAAAUUUUGAUUAUUUAUAUGAAACCCGUCUCUUUGUUUCUCCCUCUCAAUUUGUAUCUGUCUAAUAUUCUAUCUAUCUACGUAGGACACUUAAUAUAG